AGACGGUGAGUCAACGUGGAAGAGAUUCUUGAUUUAUAAUCAAAAUGGAUAAUAUUUGUUUUGAGAAAUGUACUUUUGUUAAUAUUUAUAUAUAUUUUUACUCAUUUAAAACAAGUAUUUGUUGUCAAUGUCAUUUUCCACUCUGUUCUUAGAGGAAAAGUAGGAAAGUGAAAUAAGUGGAGAAGAAAGAUCAGCUGUAUAUUUGGAAAAAUAUUUUUAAAGAACCAACAAUUGAACCCUCAAAGCUGAGAUAAAUCACUGGACUAAAGUAACACCAACCUCCUUCUUAGUGCACAACAGUGAACAUGUUACAGUCGUUAAUCACAACGAAGAGUGACGUCCAGAAGGUGUCAGUAAAGAAACAUUUUUUGGGAAAUUGAAAUUUAAACUUUAUUUUUCUCCCAGUGAAUUGAGCCGUUGUUCCACUCUGUGAUGCUGCUGUCAACUGUAAUUAGUCACUAAUAUGCACAUGCAAAGGCCUGAGUUGGCCAGGGGGAGGAGGGGAGAGGAGGGGUCGGUUCAUUAUUCCAGUAAUGAAAGGCAGCAGCAGAGAAACUGAGGAAUUCAGAUCAGACUGUGACAAAUAAACCAAGCCAUUAAAGCCUUUGUUGGAGGCUAACUUGUAGCUAUGUUCUGAUAACGUCCUGUAAAAAACCUUAUCAGUCAAACUGGAAGAUUCUUAUUCUUAUUCUUUAGCAUCAGUGAUGAGUGGUUUUCUGGACUCUUGUCUGUUUUCUGACUCAGCUGCUCUGACAGUCACCAUGAGAGAAAACAGUGUGGAGGCAGUGAGAGGAGACUCUGUCCUCCUUGGCUGCUCCUUCCUCACCUCCACCCCGCUCCACAGACUCAACAUCGUCUGGACUCUGGUUCCGUCGUCCAGCCCGGAGAGUCCAAUGCAGGUGAUUGUGUUUGACCAUGGACAGGUGAUGGAGGACCCCUCCCUCACUGGUAGAGUCAGCUUCACAGGCCUCCCCUGGACUGCAGACAUCGUCCUAAACGACACUCGAGUGUCAGACUCUGGAGUUUAUCGCUGCAUGGUCAACAAUCCACCAGAGGCUGCAGAAGAAGACGUGGGAGAAGUGGUUCUGACGGUGCUGGCUCCGCCCUCUCUGCCGGUGUGUCAGUGGACCGGUGACGUAGAUGUUGGAGGACAAGUCACGCUGUCCUGCUCGGUGAUGGAGGGCGUCCCAACACCAGAGAUCCACUGGGAGAAAGUCAGUCCUGAGGAAGUCCCACUGCCAGUCGACAUGGAAGGGGACCUUCUGUCAGCCUCUGUCCAAAUUGCCAACGUUUCCUCUCAGACCUCGGGCCAGUAUCGCUGCUCUGCCUCCAACCUCCUGGGAACCGAGAGCUGCCUGGUCCGUCUGUCCGUCCACACCCCAGCGGAUACUCACAAGUCCUCGGGUGUCCUGCAGGGGGUGCUGCUGACCAUGUCCAUGAGUGCGCUGCUGAUGGCGCUGGUGCUGCUGCUGCUGUGGCUCCAUCGCACCGGACAGGAUUUUAGGAGGAGAGGGGGGAGGAGGAGGAGGAGGGAGAGGAAGGGGGUGAAGGGUGAGGAGGAGGAGGAGGAGGAGAGUCCACGCGAGCUCCGAUUCUCCGCGUCUGUAAUGAAACGCUCUUUUGUUUGAUUCUCUCAAAGUCACCGGGACUGGAGGAGGGUCGCUGCGGGGUCAAAGGUCAACAUCUCACAUACUGACGUCUGUGGUUCGGUCACUUCUUCAUUUCUUAUUCCAUUUUAUAAAGGCACAGUUCAGAUAUUUUUCUCUUUCAGGUUGUUGUUUGUUCACAUUUAGAAAAGGCUGAUUACAAAUACAGUUGUCAAAAAGUACAUUUAAAAGUACACCAAAAGUACUUCAGUACCUCGGUACUGUGAUGAUGAGUGAUUAAUGCCAGGACUUUUUGUUCGCGGUUCUCCACGUAGAUCUGGGAAUUCAGGAAGUGAAGAAGUGACAUGGCCAAAAAUAAAACUUAGCUCCAAAAUACCAGAGAGUAAUACUCUCAACAUGAACUCUUCAGAGUAAUACUCUCAACAUGAACUCUUCAGAGUAAUACUCUCAACAUGAACUCUUCAGAGUAACUCUUAGCUGUUAGCCGCCACAGCUAGCUCCUAGAUGGUCAGAAGUUACAAACGGCAGACAACAAAAUUGUUUGCAAACAAAGACACAAAAACCUUUAAUUUAAAUAGAAGAAAAGAAAAAAAAAUUACAUAAAAAACUGUACAGAACAUUUAAACAUCCACUUAAAGUCCUUAAAUAAAAGACCACCCCCCAAAAAAUAGCUAAAAUAAUCCAAUGAUAAAGUGGGAUGGUGUAUGGUACAUUUUUGUGCAAAAGUAGUUUCAACUGAUUCUUCCCAGAACUGCUCUUCGCUCAGCACUGCCCUCUGGUGGGUAAACAGAGGAGCGCCCCCCCUCAAGAUAGUGUCUUCAGAUGUAAAAGAACCCCCCAAAACAAAUCCAAUAAUAAUAAUAAUAAUAAUAAAAUAGAU